UGUACCCAAUAACAUAAUUAGCAGUUAAUAUAAUGAUUCAAGAAAACUCAAAUCAGAAAGACACUGUAAUUACUCGAACUUUUUUAGGGUACGAAUUAAAUGUAGAACAGAACGUAAUUGUGAAUUAUUUAAUUCCGUCAAUAUUGAGUUGUCUACUGUACAUUGUGCAUUUUGCUUGUGACUUUGCAGUAUCAUAUAGACAUUUUCGUGAACGUAACCCAAUAUGGGGUAGCAUUACUGUGUUUAUUAUGUAUUUACCGGCCAUUUCGUGUUAUGUUUUAACUAUUUCGUCUUUAGAACUGUGGCCUAAAUUUGAAGGUUGCGGAAUGGAAAAUGUUAAAUGGUGUUUGUUAAAAACAUUACAACAUAUUUUCUUUCCAAUUUGGAGUAUGUGGAGAUUUGCCGAAAAAAUAUUUUGGUCAGUAGAGGGGAUAAGGACGAAGGACGAUGAACAACGCGAGGAUUUAAUAAACGCUAAAAUAGUAACGCCCCGCACAAUUGAACUCUAUUACUUCCUGCAGGGUUACCUACAGGCAGCACCGCAAAUUUUGUUUCAAAUGCAUACAUUAAUGAGGUAUGCAAAUUUGUUCGACAUAGACACAGUGGUCGCACAAGUGCUGUGUGUCGUGUGCUCGCUGGCCCAAAUGGCGAAAACUACAACCUUAUUCCAACGAUUUAAAUCCCAAAAUCUAGGAGGAAGGUGUUACCCAUGGUAUAAACCGUACAAAGCUCUUUACACAAUGUAUGACGGUCCCCGUUUACGGUCUAAGCCUGGCAUAGUGUAUAGAUGUCGCUUUACGUGCCCUAGACGUAAUGCGUAUUUGGACUUCCCCCAUCAAUCACCUGCAACAGACAGCAGAAGGAGUAGUGACUGUUACGAGCAACCAAUUGCAGCAAAAGACCAGAUUGAAUUUGGUCGUGAGACCUCAGUUAUUGACGGCCCACGAAGAUUAGUACUAAGAGAUGUAAACGAAACGGAUUUUGUUCAACCCAGACGGAUAGUAGACAUAAAGGCAUUACCUGAAGAUGAUAUCGGCGGAAAGACCAUAUCAUUUAUUUGGUGGAUGUGUUUUCUAAUUGCAAGAAUGUUAUCUAUAUCAACAUUUUCAUACUUUUAUCCAACGGAAAUUUUUUGGCUACUCUCGGGUCAUUUCAUUAUAGUAAUCGCCUUACUUCUGUACGACGUUAGGCAUGACGAAGUACGUCGAGCCAAAGCGAUCUUCUUUAUAUUUAUUGGAUUUGUAUACCUAUUUUGUUUGAUCGAGUUUAAGUUGAAAUUUAAAAAGCCAAAAUUUAUUUAUAACGGAUUUUUUCUACUAACGUUUUUAGAGAAUCUCGUGAUGGUUCUUAUUUGGUGGUUUCGUGACAUUGAUGAAAUUCUUCAAGAUUAUUGGUACAAAUUCAUAUUUUAUAUAAUUAUUGUUUGCUCCUUGUUUAGCAUGUUAUCAAUGUUUUUAUACCUUAACGUUCUGAAACCUAAAAAAGUUGUUAUAAAUAGGAUACCCAAUUCAGACGUGAUCAAAUAGUGUGAUAAAGCUAAAACAACCCCAAAUGCAUUAAGUGUAUUUAUUUAUUCACCAUUAUAACUGAAAAAUAAAUACUAAGUAAGUUACAAUCUGACAGCUGGUUGCAAUCCUCUUGAUUGAAAUAACAAUCUCAUUGUUUAUACAUUCUGUUUUGUUAGUAUCUUCCUAAAUUUAGUUUUACGGUUUUAAACUACCUACUUUUUUCAUGUUUGCAGAAGGACAGAAUACAUAUAUGCAGUUUCCAAUUAUACAAUUAACAGUAUUAAUUCAAAAAAUGUCGAAAUAAAAUUUAAAUUGUAGGUAUACCUAUAGUUUACAGUUUUAUUAUUUUCUGAUUUAUACCUACCUAAGUACAUACCUACCUGGAUUUUCUAUGUCAAUGUUGUAUAUACAAAAAAAAUUAUUUUCGACAAUACAGCGGUGAGCGAACCCUCGCUGUUUAUAUUGAUAUUUUCAAAAUUCAGUUCAAAAAUUGUUAUUUCUAUUUAACAAUAUAGCCAUACCACAAUAAAAUUAUGUAUUUAUAUAGAAAAUAAGUGCUGAAACAGUUGCCCUCAAGUGAGUAGGUAAAGUGUAAGUUAAGUAGGUAGAGACAGAUUACUAAAUGACAGAUUUGCAUAAUAAAUUGAGUAAUAAAAUUUCGGAUGGAUUAAAUCACUCACUGUCACAUUGCUAUAAAAAAGCACAAGCGUUGUAGAUCUCCUCAAAAGAAAUUAGUUAAUCAAUUAAUGUCUAAUGAAUAAAAGAAAAAUGAAUCGUAAAAUAUCUACACAUCUACAAAGCGGUAUUAAAUUAAGCCGGGUUGAUAAUAGGUUACAACGUGCCCACGACAACGUUGUAUUUAAAUUGAAUAUUGUGCGUACCUGAUCUUUUUGCCUUUAGGAUGACAUUAAAAAAGCGUUAUGAAUGGAAACAUGAUUUGGUUGAGAUAUUUUGAUUUCAAUCUACUUAUAUAUAAGAGGAUUUAUUUGUUUCCGUAGGCGUGUUAUUUACGACACAAUAACGAAAUAACGUUGCUUUUAGAGAAUCAUUAUGUCGCCUUUAGUGUUUUGGCCUUUCUCUUCGUAAUUAUUUAAGUAUCAACCUUUUCUUGAUUGACCAAAUACAAAGACCAAAUUCUAA